AAGCCUUACUGCCCUGAAUUUACGGGGGAAGAAACUGAGAUUUGGAGUACUGGCUGUCCAGGAGCCCACCGUAGACCUCUGGUUUCCUCCUAAAUCCAAGCUUGUCCAGGAAAAGGAGCAUCCUGCACGUGCACCCAGCAGACACCAGGCCAUCCCGCCAGCCCAUCACCGCCAUAGUCCUUUAAGGGCGGUGCACUGUAGCCAUGGUGAGCGAUUCCCCGGGGCCGGGCGCUGGGGUUCUCCGGCGGCGGAGGGACGAGGCGCUGCGCGUGAAUGUGGGCGGAGUGCGGCGGCUGCUGAGCGCGCGCGCCCUGGCGCGCUUCCCGGGCACGCGGCUGGGCCGCCUGCAGGCCGCAGCGUCGGAGGAGCAGGCGCGGCGCCUGUGCGAUGACUACGACGCGGCGACGCGCGAGUUCUACUUCGACCGGCACCCGGGCUUCUUCCUGGGCUUGUUGCACUUCUACCGCACCGGCCACUUGCACGUGCUGGACGAGCUGUGCGUCUUCGCCUUCGGCCAGGAGGCCGACUACUGGGGCCUGGGCGAGAACACGCUGGCCACGUGCUGCCGCGCGCGCUACCUGGAGCGGCGCGUGGCACGACCUCGCGCCUGGGACGAGGACAGCGACACGCCGAGCAGCGUGGACCCGUGCCCGGAUGAGAUCUCCGACGUGCAGCGCGAGCUGGCGCGCUACGGGGCUGAGCGCUGCGGUCGUCUGCGCCGCCGCCUGUGGCUCACCAUGGAGAACCCGGGCUACUCGCUGCCCAGUAAGCUCUUCAGCUGCGUCUCCAUCGGCGUGGUGCUCGCCUCCAUCGCUGCCAUGUGCAUCCACAGCCUACCCGAGUACCAGGCCCGCGAGGCGGCGGCCGCGGUGGCCGCAGUGGCUGCAGGGCGCAGCGCCGAGGAUGCGCGCGAUGACCCGGUGCUGCGACGCCUGGAGUAUUUCUGCAUCGCCUGGUUCAGCUUCGAGGUGUCGUCGCGCCUUCUCCUGGCGCCC